GCGCCCCACCCUCUUUCCCCUCCGAUUACGUCACUGCCAACCGGAGGAGAGGCCUCGCUCCAUCAGGCUGCAUCAAAACUUUCGCACUGUGCAAAUAUCUCGCUGCCUUCUCCAACACAGCAAUGGAGCCAUCAGAAAACGCUACCAGCAACCACGCCCUGAACUCGACAGGCGCCGAGGGCUCAUGGGAGAUCAGCGACAAGACCAGACUGUGCCGCUUCCUCUGCUACGGCUCUGAGGGAGACAUCUACACCGCCAGAGAGCAGGGCCGCGUCUCCACGGAGACCGCCGGAGCCCUGCUGUCGCUGCUGCAGGAGGGGAGAGGCGCAGAGGCGGUGGAGGAGGCGAAGCGGUUCGCCCAGGGCGGCCGCGCCGUCAGUCCGGGACCGGCCCUCUUCGCCCUGGCCUUGUGCUCGCAGCAUUCGGAGCUGAAGACGAGGCAGGCGGCUUUCAAAGCCCUGAGGGAGGUCUGCCGGGACCCGGCCCACUUGUUCUCCUUCGUCCAGUACAAGAAGGAGCUGAAAGAGGGCAUGAAAUGCGGGAUGUGGGGGCGCGCCCUGAGGAAGGCCGUGUCCGACUGGUACAACGAGCAGGACGCCCUGAAUCUGGCUGCGGCGGUGACCAGGUGUAAACAGAGAGAGGGCUGGUCGCACCAGGACCUGCUCAGGCUCUCCCACACCAAACCGGCCACAGAGGCUGUUGCCUUGAUCAGCAAAUAUGUAACAAAAGGGUGGAAGGAGGUCCAGGCGGCUUACGCGGACAAAGAGAAAUCGGAGGAAGUGGCCAAAGUGCUCUCCUAUCUGGAAGUGUUGGAAAAGGUCAAGCGCAGCUGUGACGAAGUGGAGGUCAGCGGUUUAAUAGAGGAGCACAAGCUGGAGAGGGAGCAGCUGCUUACAGACCACCUGAGGUCAAAACAGGUGUGGAGUGCCCUGCUGAAGGAGAUAUCUCUGCAGUCCAUUCUUAAAAUCCUGGGAAAGAUGACGUCCAACAGACUUCUUGAGCCACGGAGCGCGGAGACCCAAACCAUCUGCGAGAGACUUCAGAACGAGUCGUCGCUAAAGAAGGCCAACAUCCACCCUUUCAGCAUCCUUUUGGCUUCGGAAAACUAUAAACGAGGUCAAGGCUUCCAGGGGAAAACAAAGUGGGAGGCGGACGGUAGCAUCCUCAAAGCCAUGGACUGGGCUUUUUACACAAGCUUUCUGAACGUGGAGCCCGUCGGGAAGCGCUUCGUCGUGGCCGUAGACGUGGGCACGUCGCUGACCAGCAUCGUCCCGGGAACGGCGAUCAGCACGGCGGUUGCAGCUGCAGCCAUAACCAUGAUUUUUACCCGGACAGAAGCGAACACGCACGUCCUGUCCUUCUCUGGGGGCGCUGUGGUUCCGUGCUCUCUUUCUGCAGAUAUGUCGCUCGCAGAAGUAACUGCUGAGCUGGUUAAGUUCCCCAGCGGCAGCACAGACUGCACCCUUCCCGUCACAUGGGCCACAGAAAAUGGGAAGUCUGUGGACAUGUUCAUCAUUCUGACCAACAACCCGCUGUGGACGUUUACAGCCAGCCCAGUGGAGUCUCUGAAGAAACACAGACAUGCAUCAGGCACAGAUUCCAAGCUGGUGAUGUGCGGCCUGACCUCCAUCGGCCACGCCAUCGCAGACACAGAGGACAGGGGCUUACUCAGCAUCUGCGGCUUUGACCUCGGAGCGUUCAGCGUCAUCCGGAACCUCGCCCUCGACCUUAUCUGACCUGACCCGACCCGACCCCAUCCAAUCCGACAAAAUUUGAGACUCGCACACGCAGAGUUCUGGAGUAACUAAUCUCCCUCUUAAAAAAAAAAAAAAAGAGAGAAGAAAAAUGCUGACACUUAGAAUUCCAGAUUUUUGUAUUCCGUUCUGACAAAGCGUCCAGCGGGCUGGACGGUUCUCCAACGACGUCACAGGGUGCCGAUACAGGGUAUGCUGCAGGUGACGCGACUACACAGCAGGCCGAUUCUGGUUCUGGUUCUGGUUCUGGUUCUGGGUAAGACACUAACAUCUCUAGAAGAUGAGGUCAGAAUGUUGGGUUUAUUUUAAGGUGGUUUCUUGUAGUUUUCUUUUCUUUCUUUUUUUUUUUAAAAAACUCUGGUAGCAAGUUUGAGGUAAAGUAGGUGAAUUGUGAAGCUGGAACUAAUUUAAUAUAGUAUGUUUAUAAAUUAUUAACCAAACUAUGGGAAAUGAAGAUGAGAGGACAAGAGGAAGCACCAAAAAGUCCACAGGAAAACUUUCUGUUCUGUGUAAUUUUUAUGAUUUAUUUAGUUUUUAUUUGAAUACUAACAUUGAUUCAUUUUAGAAUGUUUUAGUUUUAUUCCUGUUUAGCCCCUCGAUCACUUUUAUUAUAUCAGACUAGUCCCUCUCUCUUUCUCUCUCUCUUUCUUGAUCUACUGUCCUGAUUAAAAGUUUACAUCUUACUCAUCAGGCGCAUAAAUGCCACAAUAAUUUAGAGCUUUUAUUGUUUUAUCUCAAUCUGUUGAAAUGACUGCGUUUAUAAAAACAACAAUUAAGUGCACAAGUUUGAAUGUAACGCGGAUUUUCUUUAAUCCACAUGGUCCGUAGCACAUAUAAUUUGCGUAAGCAAAUAUUAAUAUUAUAUUAAUGUUACAAAUAUUAACCCGUAGUUCGGUUGCUUUUUUUCCUUGAACUCCGUAAAUUUGAUGCAGUGUGGAUUAGAAAGAAAAAAAAAAUCACAUCAUUCACAUUUUAUUUAAACUGAACUAUCCAGUUCUUGUUUUCAACAUCUCCUGACGACAUAAGCUGUAUAAUCAGUUCACUCUGGAAAAAACAGUGGUUCAAACGCAUCGCUGAAACACUAAAGUUGAAGAUAUUCAAACCUACGAUGGGUGGAUGUCGAGUUCUGACUGGCACUGUAUUUCAGCGUGUUCCCUUUUAAAUGGGAUAACCUAUUUUUUGAAGGAGUGUUUUGUUUUGUUUUUUAGCAACAAAGUUAUGCAAAUGUCGAGGACUUCAACGGAUUUUGAUGAAAGUUGAGAGAAAUUGGCUCAGUUUCUCGUUUUAGUCAGAAAUCUAUGCAUCGCUAUGAGGUAGGGGUGCACCGAUUGCAGAUUUCUGGCCGAUCAACCGAUAUUUAAAAAGCCUGAUUCCAGUUUUGACUGUUCUGAUUUUUUUUGUCUGAAAAUUGGCAAAAUACAGCGUCAAAAUUACUUAAGUUGGCAACACCUUGGUGACUACUGUUUACCACGCAUGUUCCGAUGUGACCUCUGUCCGGCCUCACUAUAGAACAAAACGUGACAGUGGUUCAUUUUCACAUCUUUGCACAGGUAGAUGAGAUCAGUUUCAGAUACAAGUAUCAGCCGAUCACCUAAAAUUAAGUUAACCUGGGCCGAUUUCUUGAUGCACCCCUACAAUUAGAACAACACUGUAUUAUGUCAAGAUUAAGAAGAGUAAGAAGAACUGUUCACCAUGACUGAGUCUGCUAAAGUUGCACUGCUGUAUCUUUAAUUUAUUUGCAAAAACUAACAACUGCAACUAUUGUGGAAUAAAUCAGAUCGAAUGUACCUUUUGAAGUCAUGAAAUUGUUUAGGUUUAAGCAAUCUGAUUUCUAUUUCUCCAGUAACUGAUCCCACCAUGCUUACUGUGUCAGUAGCAGAAGCAUUCAAACUCCAGUAAUUACAGACGUCGUUCACUAAACUCGUCAGUCAUCCUGGUGUGGUCUGCAGUAUAACACUAUUCUCAACCCUGCAACUGUCAAGGCAAUAUUUACUUUCUUCCCACAUAGACAUAAGUCUGACCUAACUGUUCCACAACUACUGCCGCCACGGCAUCUGUAGUCUUCACUGGAGAGAGUAGAAUUGUGGCGUUGUUAUUCACGAGAGCUUCUCCACCGUGGUUCACUUCUUUUCCGCCAUACUGUCUGUUAUAUCGACUUGUUACAUGAGUAUUUUGAUUGUAGUGGCAACGUAAUCCCAUCCCUAAUAAACAUUUAUGCUGCUCUUGAAA